AUGGUUAACACUUAUUUCCCUUCAACAUCCUCACCAUUUCUUUUCACAUUGCCAACGAGUUCCUUGUUAUCCGCAUCGCCGUCGUCGUCCGUUUUUUCUUCCAUAUCUUUCCGCAAGUUAGACGAUCAGUCUUUGGCCGACUAUACUUCGUGGUCUCCUAAUAAUAACCAGAGGCGAAAUCUCGUUACUAGCGAGAACGGACACGAGACAAGUUUCAAUAACGAGUCUAUUUCCAGCGUGAACUUCUAUUGGGAACACCGUGUAGCUACCAUCAUUAACCUCUACGUGCCACCAUUUUUGGUCAUUCUGGGGACGAUCUGCAACUGUUUAGUCGUCCUUGUUAUGGCCGGACAUUGGUUCUCUUCUGUUUCUACAUCAGUGUACAUGAUCUCCGGUACGAUAGCCGACACUGCAAGCCUGUUGAUAGCAUUACCGGCACACUGGGUUUAUGUGAACUUUCCAGACUCCAUCCAGCGAUCCGAACACUCGCAUAUUAUGUGUAAGUUUUUUAAUUUUUUCGGCUGGGGAAGCAGCGACUACGGUAUUAUCUUGACUGUAGCAAUGACAAUAGAUAAAGCAAUCGCCAUAUUGUUUCCCAUCAAAGCGCAGGCUAACUGUACAACAAAGCGAUCCAAGAGAGUUAUUUUUAUCCUUUUUAUUUUCAUCGUGAUUAAAGAAAGCCAUUUUUUAUUCGUGUCGAAUAUCGUGCCGCCGGGUCGCACCGAACAAUUGUGCACAAUCGACAUCCCGAAUGACGAUCAAGAGGUCGCGCAGCUUCAAGGACUUCAGCGAGUCGAGACGCUCGUCCCAGGGAAUGGAUCGCUCCAAAAGCCGGCAGAUCACUGUCAUGUUGCUCGUCGAGUCCUUCACCCUCGUCAUCUUGACGCUGCCAUUCUCGCUGCACGUGACCAUCAUCAGCAGCAGCCGAACGGAGCCGCAUUCGACAGCGUUCAACCAGUUGGUGUUCGCCAUCGUCUUUUACCUGCUGUACGUGAACAGACUCUGUCUAACACUGCAUCUAUCUAUCUAUCUAUCUAUCUAUCUAUCUUAUGUGUUUCAUAUCUGUUUCCUGUACGUGAAGCUUAG